AUGACGUGCAUGGGAUGGAAUACUCUGCUCAGUAAGUUGUUUUCCUUUGGCAACUCAAACCAUUUGGCUAUUAACUUGAAAUUACUCUGUGGGAACCUUUCAGUUGUCUCAAAAGACACUACUGAUCAGCCAGAAUAUUAGCUCUCUCUUCAAUAAAUCCUUGUGAACCUUAGCUCCACAAUUGUGUUUUAAGGUGAAGCAGGAAGUGGAAAAAAAGUAUCGAUCAGGAAAAUCUCUCUUUGGGUCUCAUGUGCCUGCCCUAUUCUGAGCAGGCUUCAAUUUGUAUUUUAGUCCCUGAUGUAUGCAAGCUUAGAGCAGAGCAUGGCUUACAUUAUAUACAACCUUGUAGUAGGGUAUGUGGGACUGUUAACAAAAACAGCUUUAAGAGAUGUAAUUCAGCCACUGAAAGAACAAAUUUUUCUUCUGGAUGACUGCAAUGAAAUGAAUUCGGUGCCCCAAAUCAUAGAUUUUAUACAAAGGAGUCAUCUCCAUCAGCACUGUUUGGUUGUUGCUGUCUGUACUAACAGGAUGAGAGAAAUUCCUAAGUAUGCAACCACCACUUGAGCCACUGCAGAGCUGUCUUAGUCCAGCACUCUGUAUGCCAAGAAAUUGUUAUCCUGUAAUACUGACCUUGUGGAGCAGCUUGUUGAUUAAAUUGACAUUGAAAGGGCUGUGCAGACCAUUCUAAAGACCACUUUUAUGGUGUCUUGCACUGCAUAUUGGGUAUAACACCCAAAGGGUAAUAUCAUCAGUGGCAAGGCCCUUUUUAAAGUCUAUCUGCUCUGUCACCUACUAAAAUUCAGUAGAAGAGACCAUGUGCUGGCUAGGUUUUCCUCUUGUGGUAGGCUUGCUUCAAUUGGUCUUUUAAAGCCUUCUUUUGGCUUCACUGAGCAUGAUGUGUCUGAAGCAGGAGCUGAUGAAGAUGUUAGGCUGGGUUUACUGAGGAAAUGUACUGUCCAAAGGCUUAAUCCAUUUAAUAAAUUCUUUCACCCCUUGUUCCAGGAGUUCAUUGCAGGGAGAAGUCUGAGUGAGCUUCUGGCUUCUGAUGAAAAAAAAUGGAGGGAGGGCUGCAGUACUUGCAUUAAGAAAGGUUGCUGGGUUCUAUACUUUUUAUUGGUUUACACUUGCUUUUCUUCUAAAGCAGUCCCUCAAAUUAUAUCCUAUUGAUUUAUUGACUGCAAAAAGUCACUGGAAGGCUUGUAAAAUCGUGCUCAAGUGCAGCACCAUUAAGACCUUCUAAUAAGAAUGUUCUUCAUUGAUUAGUUGACUUAUAUUGGUCUAACACUGCUUCUUCCAAUUUUCAUUCAAUGUUUAUUGGACUUUGCAACUUCUUACUUUGUGUAAUACAGUCUCAUGUGUACCCCAACCAUUUCUCAGUUCCUAAGAGGUAAAGAUACUUUGUUAAAUUCACUUUUAUCACCUCUAAAGCUAAGCUGCUUUUUUCAGGUUUACCCAGAACUGCUGUCUCUACCCUGUAGUUUUCAGAUUGUACAAGGAAGUGAACACAAACAAGAAUGUAACAUAUCUGAAAUAGGUGCUUCCUAUUCCUCACUGGAGAUGCCAGCAAUUGACCAGGGUUAUGCUUCUGCAUUUACAUGUUUUAAUGACAUGGCUUAAGAAAAAACAGAAGAAAGAAAGACAUUGUUUUGUCAAAGACAUCUACCAGACUCCAUGGCGUAUCCUUUCCUACUUAGAAAAAAGAAGAUGUCACUUCUAAAAUGCACUUUUUCUGUGAUCGGCUCCUUCCAGGAAGGUGACCUCAUAAUUUUGGUAACACUCAUGAUUUCAGAUUAUAUUGAACUUCAGCUGAGUAGCAGUCCUGGAUUCCCAGAAGUUACCUGACAUGCUACUGAAUGCUACAAGGAGCAUUUUAAGCAGUGCAGUCUACAUCACCUUAAUUUACAUGUAACAGAGCAAAAAUUACUUCUGUUCUUUUACUCAAUCUCUUUUGUGGAAUGUCUUGAAUUAAAAAAAAGAAAUGUCUCAUACUCAGAUGCUUCCUAUUUAUCCUAUGUUGUAAACUGGGGAGGUUUCCAGAAGCCUGAAGAACUCUCACUGCUAGUAAAUCAUGAUGUUACAGACUGGAGAAACUUUAGAACACUCAGUAACAUGCCUGCUUUGAAAGAGCUGGACAUUAGCUGUAUGUUCACACAUCAGAUCAAAGCCAGUGCAUCAGCACUGACAGCUUUUGUUCAGUGUGUUUUGCAAUUGCCUGGCCUUGUGACAACAGUAAUGAGCUGGCUUCUUGAUGCAGCCAACCUUAAAAUCUUUGAUAUCAGGAAGGAGCAGCAGUCUAGGAGUUUAAAAUUACCUUGACAAUGGAUCUUUCCACUUUCACCAACUUUUAAGAGUAGAAAAGUUUCAAAUUAUUAA